AUGACGCGGACCGUCCGACUGCCCCGUCAGUGGACGCUGCGCUUGUUAGCGCUGGCCAUUGUCGCGUUCUUCCUCAUGGCCUUCGUAUCGUGGUCCGGCCGCAAGCAGAGCGUGUUGGAUUCAGAGCAACGCAAAGAGUUGUGGAUCGCACGACGAGAAGAGGUCGCGCUCAAGUAUGAGGAGGUACGCGUCGCCCUUCUAGAAGCCUCGGGUUACGAACCACACGCUGCCGAGCGCUCUGUGGGUUCUCCACCAUGGACGGCAGACGGACACCCGACUCUCACAUCGUCGUCUGAAGCAUACUCGCAGCGCCUGCUGGGAUUCAUCCGCAAGGCGUUCCAGCAGUCAUCCAUGCAUCCACGCUUCACACACGCCGUGAGCCGUGUCGCCGCCCAUGUCCCUCCAACGACGGCCUUGUUCACCACCCGCUUCCACUCGUGCGACCGCCUGGGCGAGUCUGGUGUCCAGGACCUCUUCCGACUCUGGGAAGCCCUGCUACCCCUCCCACUUGGACCGCCAGUGGAGAACCUGCUCCCGGACACGGAAUGGGCCAAUCCCGCCCGAAGGGGCGCAGCAUGGAAGGUUGUCGUUGCCGAUGAUACGCAGAUGGAUAAACAGGUCACCAACUGGAUCGGUAUCCACCCAAGGUCUGGCCCUUGGUCCCAGUUCUGGGCUGCCAUCGGCCACGGCAUCUUGCGCACGGAUGUGUAUAGAUACCUCGCAAUGCUUUACGAAGGUGGUGUCUAUGCCGACUCGGACACGGUGCCCAUUGCGCAUCCGUACCUCUGGGGUCUUGACGCCGAGUCAAUCGUACAUCCCGACCUGGACCUGAUCAACACGAUUCUCAUGAAGCAUAUUGAAGCUGCAGACCAGACACAUCGUCGGAUCUGGGACCGAUCGGCAAUCCCGGGCGACGGGAACGCCACCACCGCCGAUGGAACUGGGGCUGAGGGCGACACAGCUGUCCACGAGCAGCACCAAGAGUCUGAACCUACGUCUGCUGCAUCCGACGACUCUGACGACACCCUGCUGCCAGCGGCCACAUCGGAGUCCGCAAGCGAUGCUGAGGCGCCCGUGGUCUCCGACACCACGUCCCCUUCAGAGUCCCACGCAGAAAAGGUGUUCGCUGCAGAGGCUGUCUGGCACAACAAUGCGUCAUGGACCUCUCCUUAUCCGCCGUCGUCGCGCCAGCACAGCCGCCGCUCGCCCGUGCAGUACCGCGACAACUUUCCUCCGGACGACGCGACCUCGAUCCUCGCCCCUGACAUCAACCUCGUCAUUGCCAUCGACUUUGACUCGAGCAUUGCGUUUGACUGGCGCCGCAUGACGCAGUGGUCCAUUUCCCGCCUCCGUCGCAGUGUCGGCUCGGUCAAGACUGGUCGCAAGCUCCAGUUCUCGCAAUACGUCAUUGCCGCCAAGCCGUACCACCCAGUGUUUGUGGAUGUGCUCGCGACGAUUUGGGAGAAGGUCGAUACUGGAGCCGCAGACAAGCUGUCUAUUACCGACUUCACCGGCGAUGGUCCCCUCACCGACGCAGUGCUCCGGUACCUGCUCGUCAGAUAUGGCGUGACGGCAUAUGACCUGCGAGGUCUGCGCGGUGCCGUACGCGUUGGUGACGUCUUAAUCCUCCCAGAGGGAGCUCUCGACGCCCCCGAGUCUGCCACACUCAAGGCCUUGGCCUGGGUUCAGAACUUCUUCCCGUCACUGCCGGGCAGUGGUAUGGCCAAGGCUGUCAAGGGCCAGACCCUCUGGUUCUGGGGAGCAGGGUGGACGGGCUGGGGCAGCGGAGGCAGGCGAGUGGUGUACCACGGCUCGGACCAGAUGGUGGAGGUCGGGUAUGACGACUUUGAGUAA